UUUUUUUUUCUCUUUUUUUUUUCUCUUCCUCAUACUCAAACUAGCUUUUUUCAUAAUGUACCUGAAUUUUUUUUUAAAAAAAAUGAGUCAGACUAACAAUGCAGAAUAGGUCUGAACCUUAUGACCCCUUUAUCCCCAACAAACAUCGUGAAGGAACUAAUAAGACGGAUCAAGUGCAAAAACAAGUCGAUGAAGUUGUUGGUAUCAUGCAAGAAAACAUUGACAAGAUCAUGCAAAGAGGCGAAAGGAUUGGGGACCUCGAAGACAAAUCCCGAAACAUGCAUGAUGCUGCGGCCGUUUUUCAUGGAGGAGCUAAUAAAGUGAGAAAGAGAAUGUGGUGGAAGAAUUUUAGGUGGAAGAUUAUCAUUGCUGUGACUAUCUUGGUCAUUCUUGGCAUAAUCAUAGGUUCAAUUGUGGCUACACAGACAACCUCGCCAUAGUCUAACACGGCUGAGACAAUCAGGCCAAUAAAUUAUGGUAUUUUUGGCAGAAUACAUAUACCCCACUGUUAACUUUUUUGUGUCUUAAAUAAAAUGCGACGGUAACUAUACGACAAAUGGUUAAUUUUUUAGAACUGAAAACUUCAAGACAAGUUGAUUGGGUUACAAUCAAAAUACUUUGUACAAUGUCCUUUUUGAAGGCUUAGAAUCAUAUGAGAAUCCUUUACCA